GGUCCGUAAUACUGCAUGAAGACGCGGCUUCGAAGCAAACACACCUACUUCGCCUUGCUGUGACCCGUGAGUCCAUACCUUAAGUUAAAAACCCCACGCGGAUGACGACUAGGUUUAAGCGGAAGCGAGGCGGGUACGCGAUUCUUCAACAUCAUACCGCUUGUCUGGUGUCUCAUGGACCCAGUUCAUGUCGCGCAUGUUUGCAUAUGCGGACGUGCCGUCGUUUGCUCUGAGGCAGGAUCCUUGAUGUGCAGUCGAGACAUUCGGCAGUAUUCCAUCAUGUUGAGUCGGGAGGCGACGAAGCUCGGGGAGUUCAAUGGCUAUAUAAGCAGCCGUCCGAAUCGAUGAGACCUCAAUCUAGUGUCAACGACAAUAUACCAAGUCAAAAACAUCAAAUAACAAUUGGAAGUUAUUCAAAAUGAAGAUUCCUUUGUCGAGAUUUCUCUUUUUCGCUGUCGGCUUCGCGGCUGUUCGUCCGGCGGCAUCGCUCGAGUCGACAGGGCAAUUGACGGUAUCCGAUACCCGCCGCACCAAACUCCAACACAACACGAUCUGCGCCUGGCACUUCACCGUCAUCAACUCUACCUCGGGAGCAGACACGACCGAUAUCUUCAGCUGCAACUUCAAUGUCAAGGUCGUAGAAGGGACAGACUGCGGCGUGGCAUCAUUUGAAACCUCCUGCAGCGCCAACAGCUCGUACACUGUUAACGGUGGACACAGCGAUCAGGGAUUCGUCGUCGUCGUUCUUGUGAAUAACGCUGAAAACUCCUUGGCAUAUUUCGCGUUCUCAGACGAUGACCUGGAUGCCGCAUCUCAUAUCUCUAAUCAGACCAUGCCAACAUAUCCUCAGGCAACUGCUCAGCGGCGCGAUUUGAUCGUGGGACGGCAGGACAACGGAAACAGUACUCCAUCCUCCACCGCGUGGAAAGUCGAGGAUAUGUUUAGAGGUAUUGCGCCCAAACCUAGUUUAGAUGAGAUAUCAUAGCUGAGAAACGAUCUUCAUUAGACGUCGACGUUCAGAAGCAUACGGUGACCAUAGGCUUCAGGCUCCUCGAUGGAAGCGCGGGUGGCUCACGCUGCAUGCUUACUCUAACGCCGCCCGAAGGAACCGAUAUGCAAAG